CGCAGACUGCAAGGGGAAAGGGGUCUGCAUGUUCUCCGCGAAGGAGACAAGGAGGGAAACGCGCUGACCGGGGUGUUCUGCUGCCAGCAUGGCUGUGAGCUGAUGCCGUCGUCCCCAGGGCGCGGUGGGGACCGGUUUACCCUGGAAGGAUGAAAAGGACCCCACUGGCCUUAGGUGACAAGUGCUCCUUAUUAUUCAAGCCCAGCCAUAAUGCUGCCAGUCCUUCACAUUUUCUGGAUCCUUUGGAGGUGAGAGAGGGUCAUGCCCACCUUUGGCUGAGGAGGAGAAGCGUAAGUGAGGAUGUGCAGGGAGCUGGUGUUGGAGCUGGGCAGAGAACAUACGAAUUUUGACUCGUUUGUCAGCGGUGCUGGCCGGAGGACAGUCCAUCUGGGAAUCCGGCUUACCGGAGGAGGCGACACUCAUGCCUGCUGCCUCAGGCGGGACCUGCCCGUCUCCUGCUCCGAGUCCUGCUUCCUUCCCCUCUGCAGCGGGGAAACCUUGAGAAUUCUUGGGAAUCAGGGAUAUUUCCCUUUGCUCUGGUUUCCCCCCCAGUGCUGAGCGGCGGAUGCGGUCCAGGUGCCUGCUUUCUCCCCCGAUCCGGAGCAGCCUUGCAUGAGCUGGAGGAUUUAUGAUUUGCUGCAGACAUGGACGGUAGCCUUUGAAAAGUGGGAAAGGAAGCAGCCAUAAAUAACAGGCAGGGGACAGUGCCAUGUGGUGGUUUUUCAUUUACUAGAUAGUCCUACUUUGUUCUUGAUGAGUAAUGGAGGCAUUUGAAUACGCCACGAUGACAGCAGCAGUCUGGCUCUGGGAACGUGUCGGCGUGGGCUGGGUGAGGAUGGUGGCAAUCAGGACAGUUGGACCACGCUGUGUAGCCUUCCCCUCUGCUCUCCUCUGCCUCACGUCCUCCUCUCGCACUUACCUGCCGCUCUGGGCACCGUGUUUCCUGAGUCUGCAUUUCAGCAGCCCCGAGCUGCGCGGGGAGCAGCGGGGAGCCGGGCUGUGAGGACGGCCGUCACCGAGCCUCGCCGGGUGCCGGUCGGCGUUUGGUCCCCAUGCGGCGAGGGGUGCCGAGGUGCGGAUCAUGGCUCACGCCGGUGCUGCCGGCUGCUGCUGCAGGCGCUACUCCUUACUGUGGAUUGCGCUGCUGCAAAGAUCCCAUCUAAUGCCGAGGCUGAAAGAAUCGCGCUCCCACGAGUCUUUGCUCAGUCCCAGUAGUGCUGUCGAGGCUCUGGAUCUCAGCAUGGAGGAAGAAGUGGUCAUCAAGCCAGUCCACAGCAGCAUCCUGGGACAAGACUAUUGCUUUGAGGUGACGACUUCAUCAGGAAGUAAGUGCUUCUCGUGUCGUUCUGCAGCAGAGCGAGAUAAAUGGAUGGAAAACCUGCGGCGUGCCGUGCACCCAAAUAAGGACAACAGCAGAAGGGUAGAGAAUAUGUUAAAGUUAUGGAUUAUUGAAGCCAAGGACCUGCCAGCUAAGAAAAAGUACUUGUGUGAAUUAUGCCUGGAUGACGUUCUUUAUGCACGAACUACCUGUAAAUUGAAAACUGAUAAUGUAUUUUGGGGGGAGCACUUUGAAUUUAAUAACCUCCCAUCGCUCAAAAACAUUACGGUGCACUUAUACAAAGAGACUGACAAGAAGAAAAAGAAGGACAAGACCAAUUUCAUUGGACAAGUGAACAUCCCCGUCAGUUCUGUCACGGGCCGGCAGUUUGUAGAGAAAUGGUACCCCGUGGUCAGCCCCAACCCCGGGAAGGGCAAGUCCCCGGGGCCCAUGAUCCGCAUCAAGUCGCGCUACCAGAGUAUGAGCAUUCUUCCCAUGGAGAUGUACAAAGAGUUUGCCGAGUACAUCACUAACAAUUACAUGGUGCUGUGCUCGGUGCUGGAGCCCUCGCUGAGCGUGAAGAACAAAGAGGAGAUGGCGUCUGCACUGGUGCACAUCCUGCAGAGUACAGGCAAGGCCAAGGAUUUCUUGACUGACCUGAUGAUGUCUGAAGUUGAUCGCUGUGGUGAGAAUGAGCAUCUCAUUUUCAGGGAGAAUACACUGGCCACCAAAGCAAUUGAAGAAUACCUGAAGCUGGUGGGGCAGAAAUACUUGCAAGAUGCCUUAGGGGAAUUUAUCAAGGCACUGUACGAAUCAGAUGAAAAUUGUGAGGUGGAUCCCAGUAAGUGUUCAUCUUCAGACCUUCCUGAACAUCAGAGCAACCUGAAAAUGUGCUGCGAGCUGGCCUUCUGCAAAAUCAUCAACUCCUACUGUGUCUUCCCAAGGGAGCUCAAAGAAGUUUUUGCCUCGUGGAGACAAGAAUGCAGCAACCGAGGCCGCCCAGACAUCAGUGAGCGACUGAUCAGUGCCUCCCUAUUCCUCCGGUUCCUCUGUCCGGCCAUCAUGUCCCCGUCCCUCUUCAGUCUCCUGCAGGAGUACCCGGAUGACCGCACUGCACGCACUUUGACCCUCAUUGCCAAGGUCACCCAGAACCUCGCCAACUUCGCCAAGUUUGGCAGCAAAGAGGAAUACAUGUCCUUUAUGAACCAGUUCCUGGAACACGAAUGGACUAACAUGCAGAGGUUUCUUCUGGAGAUUUCCAAUCCCGAAACCAUCUCAAACACAGCUGGCUUUGAAGGGUACAUCGACCUGGGCCGGGAACUCUCCACUUUGCACUCGCUACUCUGGGAGGUCAUUUCUCAACUGGAGCAGGCCACAGCAACAAAACUUGGGCCUCUGCCUCGGAUCCUGAGGGAUGUCAACUCGGCACUCAGUAACCCGGCCUGCGUGCAGGUCUCGGUCACAGCCGAUCACACCGCGUCCACGCCUAACGCCGGCAACAGCAUCUCUGCAGGGCUACAGAAGAUGGUGAUAGAGAAUGACUUAUCUGGUCUGAUAGAUUUCACACGGUUACCAUCUCCAACCCCUGAAAACAAGGACUUGUUUUUUGUCACAAGGUCUGCUGGGGCCCAGCCCUCGCCUGCCCGAAGCUCCAGUUACUCAGAGGCCAAUGAGCCCGACGUGCAGAUGUCUAAUGGCAGCAAGAGUUUGUCCAUGGUGGACUUGCAGGACAAUCGGCUCUUGGACAGUGGGGCCAACGCGCCCAGCACGGCUGACUCCCUCAAUGACAGUCAGUCGUCGCUGGGGCAGUUGCAGGGCGUAUGGACCACACGGACUCAGCAGAACAGCGUGGCGGGCAUGGCCACCGUACGCCGGGUGGGCCAGACCCCCACCACGCCGAGCGGUGAGAGCGCGCCCGGCCGGCCCCAGCUCCUGGCACCCCUCUCCUUCCAGAACCCCGUCUACCAGAUGGCCGCUGGGCUGCCCCUCUCCCCCCGUGGCCUGGGCGACUCCGGCUCCGAGUGCCACAGCUCACUCAGCUCCCACAGCAACAGCGAGGAGCUGACGGCCAACAAGCAUGGCUUCGCCGCCCCCGCCGCCAGCGAGGACUUCACCCGCCGGACGGGAGAGCUGGCCCGCCGGCAGCUCUCGCUGACGGAGAAGGGCGGCCAGCCCACCAUGCCGCGGCAGAACAGCGCGGGACCGCAGAGGCGGAUAGACCAGCCGCCCCCGCCGCCCCCGCCUGUCACCCGGGGCCGGACGCCGCCCUCCUUGCUGAACACGGUUCAGUAUCAGCGACCCUCCAGCGGCAGCAUGAUGUCCUCCUCGCCCGACUGGCCCGGCAGCGGGGCCCGCCUCCGGCAGCAGUCCUCCUCCUCCAAGGGCGACAGCCCCGAGAUGAAGCAGCGCACGAUGCACAAACAGGCCCCUUCUCCUGUGAACCCCAAUGCCCUGGACCGCACUGCUGCUUGGCUUUUGAAUAUGAACAUGCAGUUUUUAGAAGAUGAAAGCAUUGACCCAGAUUCCAAGCACAGGGAUAAGCUCAGGAAUAAGGACGAGCUCAGCCAAGCAGAAAAGUACCAGCAGGACCUAGUGGUGCUGCAGGACAAGCUUCGCAUCUCCAACAAGAAGCUGGAGGAAUAUGAGACUCGUUUCAAGUGCCAGGAGGAGACAACGCAGAAGCUGAUGCUGGAGUACCAGGCCAGGCUGGAGGAGAGCGAGGAGCGGCUCCGGAGACAGCAGGAGGAUAAGGAGAUCCAGAUGAAGGGCAUCAUCAGCAGGCUGAUGUCAGUUGAGGAGGAGCUAAAGAAGGACCAUGCAGAAAUGCAGGCUGCCGUGGAUUCCAAGCAGAAGAUUAUCGAUGCACAGGAGAAACGCAUUGCUUCAUUGGAUGCUGCCAACGCACGGUUAAUGAGUGCCCUUACUCAGCUGAAAGAGAGGUACAGCAUGCAGACACGUAAUGGGAUCUCCCCCACAAACCCAACUAAAUUGCAGAUUACAGAGAAUGGAGAAUUCAGAAACAGCAGUAAUUGUUAACGCGUGGAGGGCGCUGCCGCAGGAGAGGAGGCCUGGCCAGAGAGACGGUGCAGCAGCAGGUGUGAGCCCCGGCUUCAGAGAACGGCUGCUCUCUCCCCCCAGAGAAACCAGCUCCUUGCUGCGGACGGCGCGCUUGACUGAGCCUUUGUGGGAGAUGCUAAUGCCAGCACAUUGAGGGGACGGAAAGAUCGAGUGUGAGAUGAGUGGCAUAAGGAAAUAACAUAUAUUUGAGAAUCGCUGUCACUGUUGGAUUUAAAUCAGUGUUUAAUGUUUAAACAAAAGUAACCUUUUCCUUCUAAACUGCCCAAAGGAUAUGCCUCACCCCUCCCAGCAAGGAAUAACGUCCUUGUCAUUGCAGUAAGCGAAAUAAAGGGAGCUGGGCAGAGCCUGCAGCGGGCAGUGGCCCAGUAAGUCCAGUUAAAGUGUGCUGCUGGAUGCAGCCGUAGGAGGGAUGGCAGCACAGCUUGGCCCGCUCCUCCCGACUCCCCCGAAGCAAAGCCCCAGCCCAGCUUGGCUUUUGUGAGGCCGCUGACUCCUACAGCGGGUGACUGCCCACAGGGCAUUUACGCCGCUAAUUAGUGUUUAAUUAACUCCGCCCAUGUAGGGAGCACAGUCCAGAUGAAAGGUCAGGGCGCACGCUGUGUGCGAUGCGGUAGCCAGAGGGGUGCUGCGUGGGGAACCAGGGCAGCGGAGGAGGGCACGACUGGGGCUGCUGGGGGUCCCGGGCAGCCGGGGGAGCAGAGUAAGCCCGCGGCUCUGGCACACCUGGAGGGAGGAGCUGGCAACCUGGUGAAUGACGUCCCGAGUCCUCUCUCCAGCCUCUGCUUGCUCACAAGUAAUGGGGAAGAGUCUUUGUAAGCAAUAGCCCGCAGGGCACUGUGUCCCCCCCAGCACUUCUAGCCACAGAAUAAAAUAAAUCCUGUCUGAGCUUGGCCCUGAGCUGUGCCCCAGGUACCGGGGCUGGAUUUCUGGUGCCCGUUGUGGUAGAGGGGGAGUGAGGGGCUACGCGGAACGGCCAGCUUCUUGUGUGAGAAAGGGUUCGUUGUGGGGAUGUAAUGCUCUGUGCCAAGAUUUUUACUAUUGCUGGGGAGAAAAACAGACAAAGAAACAAGAAAAAGCCCUGAAGAACCAUGAAGAUCGGUAAUUGUAUUUCUUUUCUUUCACAGUAUGCAUUAGAAAAAAAAAGAUCCCAUUUUCUGGAAUACUGUCCUCUUUAAAUUGGGAAUGAGCACUGCAUGGAAAUUAACCGGCUCGAAGAAUGUAAAACAUGGUCAUAAGGGAGUAACCAACAAGAACAGCAGCCACCACCGAAAGCCCCCUUGUCAGGAGCACUGUGCAGGCAUAAGCCAGGAUUAGACUUUCCUAACUGCUGAAACACGCAGAUUCGGCACAUUCAGACACGUUGUGCUCAGCGGAGGGGUCACCUCCUUAACGGGGGAUUGUGCCGCUGACCUGCCGCCACGGUGUGUUUGUUGGUUUGUGGUGUGUUUUUUUUUU